GGAUGAGUUCCGGGAGGCGCCGCAGGCAUGGAGCCCGGUGGUGCCGAGGCGGCUUACCCCCGGCUUUUCAGCGUCUGCCAACGAUGCAGACUGGGAUACGGUCUUUACUUAAAGAGCUUGUUGAAAGAAGAAGGUCUUCGCCGCUGAAAAGAUAACAGAGAUGGUGCCUGUCUGAUAUUUAAGAGUUAAUGUUCUUAGACUCUUGGUGCUCAUUCGAAUGGCUGUUGCUAGGUGGCGGUUGACGGAGGGAGGAGCCCAAAGCUGAUGUUUUCUCAACAGGGCUGAUGGAGUGGUCCUGCUUGCCAUCUCCCUUUGCUGCUGCCAGGUGACCUUUGAGGGAAGGAGGAGCUCAGUGGAGUUGAUUUCUCAGCAGAGCCGGUGGAGUGGCCCUUGCUUCCCUUUUCUUCCUCUGCUGCAAUGAAGCAGAAUGGCUGCUGGCAGGUGCCCUCUACCCAACCAUUGUCUACAUCCAGCAAAGGAGGAGCAGGCGUCUGCACGUGUGGCUGAUGUGCAUCUGGACUCGCAUUCUCUUUUAAUUGGGAUGCUCAUCCAGGACAAUUGCGCUGGCUGGAUGCCUCUCUUUUUCAUAUAUGUAAAAAUUGCUGGGUUUUUUUGCAAUUACUUUCCUGUAAAGCUGGAUCAAGUCCGCUCUGUCUCCGAGGACCUGGGUUGUAGACGCGGAGAGUUCAGCCGAAAGCAUUAUGGAUCGGUAGAACUGCUCAUUUCCAGCGACGCCGAUGGAGCUAUCCAAAGAGCUGGCCGAUUCCGGGUGGAAAAUGGCUCUGUUGAUGAGAAUACAGAUUAUGCCCCUGGCACAUGGCGCAGAACAGAUGUUCAUCUGGAGAACCCAGAGUACCACACCAGAUGGUACUUUAAGUAUUUUCUAGGAAAAGUUCAUCAGAACUAUGUGGGAACAGACGUAGAGAAGAACCCCUUUUUUCUGUCUGUUGUGCUCUCCGACCAAAACAAUCAGCGUGUUCCUCAAUACCGUGCGAUCCUCUGGAGAAAAACAGGUACUCUGAAAAUAUGCCUCCCUUACAGUCCCACCAAAACGUUGUCUGUGAAAUCUAUUUUAAGUGCCAUGAAUCUUGACAAAUUUGAGAAAGGCCCUAGAGAAAUUCUUCACCCUGAAAUUCAAAAGGAUUUAUUGGUUCUCGAAGAGCAAGAGGGUUCUGUCAAUUUUAAGUUUGGAGUACUUUAUGCCAAAGAUGGACAGCUAACAGACGACGAGAUGUUCAGCAACGAGACUGGCAGUGAAAACUUUCAGAGGUUACUGAGCCUCUUGGGGGACACCGUUACGCUGAAGAGCUGGACUGGCUACCGAGGAGGACUGGACACCAAAAACGACACCACGGGCAUCUUUUCCAUCUACACCGUCUACCAAGGGCAUGAGAUCAUGUUCCACGUCUCAACCAUGCUUCCAUAUUCUAAAGAGAACAAACAGCAAGUGGAAAGGAAGCGGCACAUUGGGAAUGACAUUGUCACCAUUGUGUUCCAGGAAGGAGAAGAGUCCUCUCCAGCCUUUAAGCCAUCCAUGAUCCGCUCUCACUUUACACAUAUUUUUGCCUUAGUGAGAUAUAAUAAGCAAAGCGAUAGUUACAGGCUGAAAAUAUUUUCAGAAGAAAGCGUACCUCUCUUUGGGCCUCCUCUUCCAUCCCCACCAGUGUUUACGGACCACCAAGAAUUCAGGGACUUCUUGCUGGUGAAAUUAAUCAACGGGGAAAAAGCCACUCUGGAGACCCCGACGUUCGCUCAGAAGCGGCAGCGUACAUUGGACAUGCUGAUCCGCUCCUUGUACCAGGACCUCAUGCCAGACAUGCACAAGAACAUGCUCAACAGGAGAUCCUUCAGUGACGUCUUACCCGAGUCCCCAAAAUCGGCCCGGAAGAAGGAGGAGGCUCGCCAAGCUGAAUUUGUCCGCCUUGGCCAGGCACUCAAGCUGAAAACCAUUGUGAGAGGCGACGCCCCUGCUAUUCUGGCUACUACGAACCUCUGUAAAAAGGAGCCCUGGGAGUCCCAGUGUUUCUGCAGCAAUUUCCCCCACGAUGUCAUCUGCGCAGAUUCCUGGGGCCAGUCAUUGCUCGUCUCGACAGACGUCGGUGUCCUACUCUUAGACGACGGGCAGCCUUCCAUCCCGGUGUUUGAUAAAACUUUACAGAUCAAACAGAUGCACGUAUUGGAAACCCUGGACCUUCUCAUUGCCAGAGCAGACAAAGGGAAGGAUGCUCGCCUCCUCGUCUUCAGGCUGAAAGCUGUGCGGAAAGGCACUGAAGCCAAGCAGGCCAGGAGCAAAUGCGACUGCCGGGAAAAUAAGCUGGAGAAAACGAAAGGCUGCCACCUCUACGCCAUCAACACCCACCACUCCAACGAGCUGCGGAUCGUUGCGGCAAUCCGGAACAAGCUGCUUCUCAUCACCAGGAAGUUCAAGCAGUGGGAGGGCCUGAACAGCGGCCCGUCGUUGUCACCUCAGUCGGAGUCCCCUGUUGAAGAAUUUCAGUACAUCCGGGAGAUCUGCUUGUCUGACCCUCCUGUUGUCAUGACCCUGGUGGACGGGCCCACAGGAGAAAAUGACAACCUGAUCUGCGUCGCGUACCGGCACCAGUUUGACUUAAUCAAUGAGAGCACAGGCGAAUCCUAUCGGUUACACCAUGUUGAAGCAAGCAGGGUUAAUUUUGUUGCAGCUAUUGAUGUGUAUGAAGAUGGAGAAGCCGGCCUGCUCUUGUGCUAUAACUAUGUCUGCUGCUACCGCAAAGUGUGUCCCUUCAACGGGGGUUCUCCUUUGGUCCAGCCGUCGGCAUCUGACUUCCACUUCAGCUGGAACCAGGUUCCUUAUGCCAUUGUUUGCGCCUUCCCCUAUAUUUUGGCCUUCACCACCGAUUCGAUCGAAAUCCGGUUAGUGGUGAAUGGGAACCUUGUCCACACAGCCGUGGUCCCUGCACUUCAGCUGGUGGCAUCAAGGUCAGAUAUCUUCUUCCAGGCCGCCACGGCCAUGAGCGAGCCCUCCGACACCAGUUCCAAGGAGACCAGCUUGCCCAGUUCCCCUCAGACGCCUUCAGUUCAUGAGAUCCCCGUUUUCUCUCCUUCUGCGGCAGAAGGCGAAGCUCUGUGCAAAAACAUAUACAAGAUCCCCCUCAGCAACCUGGUCGGCAGGAGUAUCGAACGCCCGCUCAAGUCUCCCCUGGUCCCUAAAGUCAUCACCACCCCAACGUCCGCUGGCAGCAUCUCCAUCACCGCUGCUCCUUCCCUCUCGCUGUCGCGCAUAGAGAUCAAAGAAAUUGCAAGCAGGACACGCAAAGAAUUGCUCGGCCUCUUAAAUGAGCCUGCUCCCAAGUCAGACAGAGGACAGAAGCAGAAGCAGAUCCCUCCGAAGCAGUCCGACCCCAAGCAAGGAACCGUACGGUCGACAAGCAGCGACAGGCUUGUGGCAAGCUCCUUUGAAAGCACUUCUGAAGACCGCCACUUCUCCACCAGUUCGGACCCCGACACCACCACACGGGAGGACAGCCCCCAAUCAAGCAGCCUCUUUCAGCUUGGGGCCUCCUUGGACGAAGACAUCAUUGACUUGAAGUGAAGACAAUCCGGACCCUACACUUGCACACAUUCCCCCCCACACCCACACACUUCCCCCAUUUCUUAUGACUCUCUAAACAGUAUAGGAACAUCACGCUACACUUUCUGAUAAUCCUGGAGUAGAGAAUGUGAUCAAGAUCUGGAAUGCCCAAUAUUUCUGAUUCGUUGAGCUGGAAGGAGCAGCAGUCUACAAGACCGUCAUCUGCCUUUCCUUCCCGACCCCACCUCCCACAGCUCUCUGCACAUUCCUGUUUUCUGAGAAGAAAAUGACAUUAUGUUUAUAGCCGGCACAGCAUGGAAAAUACCGUUUGAUGCUAGUUUUCUGUCUGCAGUGUAAGUGCUUCUGCCACAUGGGAGGUGCUAACCCCCAAAGGCCUUUUGCCUGUUACCCGCUCUUGAUUGAAAUAUUUUCUGUUUGUAAAGCUAUGUACAGUGUUGUUUCCGAUUUAUACAGCUCCACACAGAUCAAAAUAGCUGAACUACCUGUCUUGUGAGGGAUCCUUCCAUGGGAGGGAUCUUUCUUACUUAUUUUCCUGCCACGCUUAACAACUGAUCAAUCAUCGAAGCAAUACUUUUAAUUAACGAUGCACUUAGAACAGAAUGAAAUGGCUUGUCUUUGCCUUGAAGCGGUGCUUUUGUUGUGCGACCGUAGGCGAGAGAUUUUAUUAGCUUGCCACGCAAUGUGAAAGGGUAACUUCAUUUUCAAACAAGGUCAUGUUCCUAGCUCUCAUGAGUGCAGGGUGAUUUUUUUUUUUAAUGGCGAAGGCAGCUCCUGCUUUGAGACCAGAAGCAGGAGGGUCUAGGAAGGGAUUAUAGCAGGCAAGGUGGGUGCGAUUCAUUGCGCCACCCCUUGCGUGUGGGUGCCAGGUUCCGCCUGCCCUUCUCCUACCUCUUUUACCCACCGAUAUUCCAUGAGUCUAAUCCCCUCUGUCCCCUCGAUGACACAGUUGCCUUAUAUUUGCUAGUAAUAGGACAGAGCACUUAGUCCAUCCUCAGUGGGAUGAUUAUAGUGAUGAAAACAGUUGGGCAUUGUAUGCAGUAUUGAUAGCCAAUCAGUCUGGCAAUGUUGAUUGAUUCACAGGCCUAUCGAGUCCCAGACAGCAUGCUCCUUAGCCCACCUUACUCGGAGCUCGGGGUACCUGUGGGAGAUUAAUGGUGGAUUAAAAAGGCUGCGAGUGAAUGAGCUGCACUUCUUGCUGACGGAGUUAGGGAACCCGUUGCACGCCUCUGGCCUAGGUGGUGGCCUUCUUGGCUGCCUGUGGACAGAGACACACGCACCCCACAUCUGUGGUGGGGUUGGCUGGAGCAAUUUAGUGAAACCCUGUCAAGGGAGGAGUUGUAUAUCCUAGUGGUUAGAGCACAAAAGUUUCCACACGUGAGGGUCCCAGAUUCGAUCCUCGAUGUCUCCUUUAUUUAAAAAGUCCACUGCUAAAAGGACUGGGAAACCUAGGAUGCAGCUUUGCACCGAGUCAAACGGCCGGCCCACCUAGGUCAGUAUUGUUUACACUGACUGGCAGCAGCUCUCCAGGGUUUCAGAUGGGGGCUAUUCAGGUGCCAGGGAUUGAACCUGGGACCUUUUUGCACGCAAAGCAGAUGCUCUUUCCUCUGAGCUAGAGCCCUUUGGAGCUUGGCUUGAAAUUGUUUGGCUCAUGGCGAAGGGGUCGUGGUGAUUAAAGCUCUUCCCUCCCUCCCCCCCCCCGAGAUACUCCGCAACUGUUUGAACUCAAGACAUUUGGCAUUGCCUUCUUUUUCUUUACGUAGCUCUUCAUUUUGCGUCUGUUGCCCUUUCAUUUGUUUGGGAACGCGGGAGCACCGACGACAGAAUCUUGCUGCUGGAUCCGCUUUCUGGGCCUGUCUUACGACACAGUAGCAUCCCUCUCGACCUUUUCGUCUUCCACCCCAUCAGCUUCCAUUCUAAAAGGAGUUUUCUGGGAUGUGGGAUGCGACCUCGUCGCCACCUGGGCUGCUCCUUUUGCAGGACAACCCCUCUCAUCCUGACCUCCCCUUUUUUUUUCUGCACGCGUGCAACGUUUGGCGGCUGAGGGCUAUAUCUUAACAGCUGUCAACCUCGGGUCUGCCGGAAAGCCUGUUGGAUGUGCUCAGGCAGAUGGUGCCUGUAUGCAUGCAGAACUGGACUGCAGGUUUUUGGGUGCCCCCUCGGUAACAAUCCAGACCUGCACCACUGCUUCUAAUGCUUGACCACAAAUGCUAUGGGCUUUUCACUUUUUAAGAACGAUGGCCUGGGGGCAGGGAGUGAGAGGGACAGUCACCAGCCCUGCAAGCCGUUUCCCACUGAGGAACAUGCAGGGCCCAACAUGUCAGAGGAGGCUUUGCACACCACUUCGUCGCCCAGCGGCAUAAGCAGGGGAGAACCCUUGUCUCAGAGCAGAUCUUCUCAACCGAAAACAGGCAGGAGCAUCAGCUGGUGUUGUAGCAAAGAAUGGGACAUCUGAGACUGUCAUUUUAUUUCGUUCUUCCGAAAAACAGUAGCUGCAACAGCAGGCGUGAAGCAAACGGAACUGGGUUUAACACUCAUCCCCCCCCACACACACACACGCCAUUUUGCCAGUGAUUGAAAUGUUCACUCAUGCAAAUAGGGCUGAAAGGGAGCAGAUUGGAUUACUGGAGGUGGCUGUGGUUACACUGACCUGCCAGAGCCUUUUCCCCAUUGCUGGUUUCUAAGGGGUCGUUGAAUGUGCAGGUGUCCUCCCAUCUUCCUCUAUUACCAUCCCAUCCCUCUCUUUGAUUUCCUGACAGUAUCUUCUGCUGGCAAAAGCAGCUGGAGGGGAGAAAGCCGACAGACAGACAAGACUUGCUGUCGAACAUUGCUAGUGCAGAUGAUCUAUACUUUCUAUCCGGUCUUCCUUGGCAAGAGCAGCAUCUGAAAGGCUUAGGAUGGUCAGGUGCCCAGGUGAAAGCUUCCUUUCAGGCCUGGCAGCCGAUUUUGGCUCGACCAUCCGCUCUUGCCAAAAAAGAAAAAAUGUUGUGACCUAACAGCCCUCGAACAAAGGAAUAUAUUUUGUAAGUCUCUCUCUCUCUCUCUCUCUCACACACACACACACACACAGCAACACCUCCCUUUGCAUGUCUGUCCUAUUUGUGCCAUUCGACAACUAUGAAGGUCCAUGUUUUCCUGUGACAUUCCUGUGUAUCCAAGUGAGGAGGACUUAUCUCUUUUUUUAAAAAAGGUAUGUGUGGGUGGGGGUUUACUAUUUUCUGCAGAUUUGACUUCCUAAUAUUUAUCAUGUAUUUCCUUUGCCAGAUGGAAGGCACUUCUGAUGCGAACCUUUGUACUGUACAAAGCAACUUUGUUGUCAACCCUGGUUGCUUGGUUUCCCACCCCAUCCCCUUAUAAAAAGCCCUCGAGCAGAAUCCAGCAUGACUUAGCUCUCCCACCUUAAAGGCCCAAAAGCCAAGGGUGGGGGUGGAGAGACGUGCGGCCCGAUCCUUUCCCAGUUUCCUGCAGCGUUCCCACCCAUAGCAAUGGGACUUUUACUACAUUGAGUAAAGCUGCAGUCUUGCCGCUGUUCAAAUUAUUGCAAGGGAGACUCCUUUUUAUGAUAGACUCCUUUGGCUACUGUUUUUAAGAGAUGGGGGUGUGUGUGCAUGAUUUGCCUGAAAUUGAGGAGGCAAGGGUGGAACUUGAAGAUUUCAUUAAGCCCCUUCCCAAGUCCAGCACCUUUGGGACUUGCUGCCAAGUAAUCACGCAGAGGCCCAACAAACUCCCACUGAAGUGAGUGAUAUAGGCAGUCGGAUCGUAUGUAAGGUCACUCAGAAGCAACUUCCAGGGGUCAGGCCUUGCGGCCUAGGAAGUGCGCUUUAUUGAGUGCGACCUGGCAGCGCAAGCAUAGGAACUUAGGAAGCUGCCUUGGGCUCCGUCAGACCCACGGCCACUCUAGCUCCGCAUUGUCUGCACUUGACUGGCAGAGGCACUCCAGGUUUCAGGCAGAGGGCCUUUACGAGCCCCACCUGCAGCUGCCAGGGGUUGAACCUGGGACUUUCUGCUUGCAAAGCUGAUGCUCUGCCACCGAGCUGCAACUCCUCGUAUGCGUGUUUUCUUGGAAGCAGGCCCAGCCGUGCUCCACAGAGUUUAGUCGCCGUGCAUCAGACUGCCGCUUCUGUCCCACCUGACUUUUGCUGGAUUGUGCCCUUUGACUGUUACCUAGUGGGGUUUUUGUACUUUUCACUGAUUAUGUACUGUCGGGCUGUGGCUUCCCCUCUUGUGAGUCUCAUUUGAAUUACCACCAAGUGUCUUAAACUCGAUUGUAUCGCCAUUGUUUUUAAAUGCUAAAGUAAGAAUGUAUUUUUUUUUCUUUUUUUGUGUGUCUUCAAAUGUAGCCUGUAAAGACAGAGAAUCGCAACAUGAAUAUAAUGGCAAAAAUCUGUUCUGAAAGUUCCAUAGACCACAGCUGUAAAAUGGGCUGUAGUUCUUUUUUCCCCUUCCUUAAUAUGUAAUAAAUAUUUAUGACAUUU